CCCCACCAAGCUACUGGCUCAGCUCCGUCAGCAUCCUCAAGAGAUCGAUUUUUUCCUUCUUCGUGCCGUAUGAACCUCAGCGACAACUGUUGGUUUCAUUUCGCUUGAAUAUGUUGCUAUAAAAAUCAAAAUUCUCAGGGCACCUAAACCGAAGCAUCACAUAUGUCUGCGUCUUGCAAUAAUCGAAGAAAUAUCAUCGAUCAAGAGCACAGGGCGGUGGAUGAUACUAUGAAGUUACAGGGGGGCCAUAGUUUGUCGCAGCAUUUCACCCAAUCUGGGUAACAGACCGGGGCGCGUAUCGUAAGCUGACGAAUCGUUGCAUCAGUUUCAAAAGUGAUCCUGUCAGCAUCAAACCUCCUCACAAGCAACUAUGGAUAUAUAAACAUCCGUACUUCCACUCCAUCCCCUCCACAGGUCUCAAGUCUCCAAACAAUCCAAUUCGUGUCAAAAUGGGCGGUUUCAUCAGUCUCCUAGCCCGAAUAUGGAAAAUCAGUAACCCACCAGAACCUCCAAAGGAUAGAGACGCACUUCGUUUUGGGAUUUUGGGAACGCCGUGGACGGGGUCCCCGUCUUUUAUCACGCCAGCGAAAUCUCAUCCUGGGGUCAUCGUCGCUGCAGUUGCGAGUCGGGAUUUAAAUCGGGCAAAAGCGUAUGCGAAGAAAUUCAACAUUCCGAAUGUGCAUGAUUCUUAUCAAGCACUCCUCGAUGACCCCACCAUCGACGCAAUCUACAUCGCUCUCCCAAACGGCCUCCACUACGAAUGGACCCUCCGAGCCCUCAAAGCAAGGAAACACGUCCUUCUAGAAAAACCCUCCGUAUCCAACGCCACCGAAGCAGCGUCUCUCUUCGCGUACCACGCUUCCCUCCCUGAAGCUUCAAGGCCCGUCCUCUUAGAAGCUUUCCAUUUUCGUUUCCACCCCGCAUGGCAUAAAUUCCUUUCUCUGGUCACCUCGCCCGAGAAUAUAGAAAGCGUGACUGCGCGAUUUACUGUACAGGCUGGGUUCUUUCCAAGGGGGGAUAUCAGAUGGGAUUUUGAGCUUGCGGGGGGAAGUUUCAUGGAUAUUGGGACUUAUGCUAUUGCUGCGCUUCGGGGUAUUUUUCGGACUGAGCCGGUGGAAUGUAUUUCUGCUAUGCCCGGACUUCUUCCUAAGCCUGGUGAUCAGAGGAUCGAUACGAGGUUUACUGCUGAGUUUAAGUUUCCUCAUGGAGGGAUUGGUAGUAUUGAAGCGGAUCUCGCGCGGAAGACUUGGUUUGGAUUACCGAGUAUCAAGAUGCCUAAAAUUGUGGUGAAGUAUAGAGAUGUGGAGAUUGAUGAUGAAGCGAGGGCUUUUGGGCCGCCGAAACAUGUUAUGUCGAAGACGGUUACGUUUUGGGGGUUUCCGCUGGCGCAUUUCUGGCAUAGGAUUCAGGUGCGGGAGAGGCAUGUUUGGCUUGCGAGUGGGACGGAGAAAGUUGUUGAGAGGAGGGAGGGAAAGAGGAAUUUUACGACGUAUUUUUGGGAUGGAGAAGGGGAGGAGGAGGAGAAGAAGAAGAAGGGUGAUUUGCAUUGGAGUACGUAUCGGUAUAUGCUGGAUGAGUUUGUGUGUAGGAUUCGGGGGGAGGAGGGGACGGGGGCUUGGGUUAGUGGAGAGGACUCAGUGAAACAGAUGGAGGUGAUUGAUUCUGGGUAUGUGAAGGCUGGGUUACCUCUGCGUCCGACAAGUACAUACAAGCCGUAGUGUAAGUAAGAUUCCGCAUGCGAGAAAUACGGUAUGUUGUUGGCCAGCUUUUGGUGAAAUUCUGCUUCAGAGGCUGGACAGGAACCACAGGUCCAAGAUCUCUUUAUUUGCAAAUAGUAGCGUCGCUUUCUUGCUCCUUUACCCAAUUCAAAGUGUAGUAAUGUCGACCAUCAGCCUGUGUUGGACCGUAUCUCUGCUGGUAGGGGACGAUCGAUAUCGGAAGUUUCGCACAUGUUUCUUCAACAAUGGUAAAUCGAAGCAACGCUAGUCUUCGAAAAUACAACCUUAAUUCGACAU